ACGACUGGAUGAGGUGCUCGCUCAGGACCGAAGAGAGUCGCCUUCAUCCCCCUCACCCGAGCCAGAGGGCCUGCUGGAGAGAAUUGUUGCUCUAGAGCGGAAGCAGAUGGAGAGAGAAGAGGAGCUGAGGAAGGUUCGAGCUGACCUUGAUUUGGAGAGGGUCAGAACGUCAACACUCGAGGCCCGACUACAACGACAGGAGAACAGCCAAGACGCCUUCAACAGAGAGGAGGAGGAGGAAUCAAGUAGGGUCAGAGGAGGAGGAGAAGGAGGAGGGGGAGAAGGAGGAGGAGGAGGAGGAGGCGGAGGAAAGGCCACACACAACCAGACGACCCACAAGCUGAUGACGUUCGUACGCAACAAGAUGAACAUUGUGACUGAUUACUACCGUGACCUGCGUGAGGACCAGAUCCCGAGGCUUGAAGAAAGAGUGGCAGAAGUGGAAACGCAACUAUUAACGGUGAAUCAGACUGCUCUCGCCAACAAGCGUGUCCUCAAUGUCAGCGUGGCCACUGAUAUAUCUGACCUGCAGCAACAAUCUGAGAGCUUGAUGAAUGUGGUGGAUCAGAUCCACACGAAGCUUGAUAACGAACUGGCGACGGUGAGUGGCCUGCUCGAGGACGUGGUGGUGAACAGCGUCUUCCCAUUGGAGGAUCGCCUGACACAGCUUAACCAAUCCCAGCUCAUCUUGACAGAAAGCACUGACCAGGAAAUCAGAAGACUGGAAAACAAAAUUGAGUCUCUUUCAAUCAAACGAGGGACAAACAGCGGCCUGCAGAGACAGAUCACGAACUUGCAGACGGCUCAAGCGCGCCUCGAGGGUAAUUUGGCCAGACUAGACGGUCGAAUCAGUGCCUUUGAGAGAACCGAUUCCCAGCCGGACCAACUCUCGGAAGCUCUCAGCGCGCACAACAAGUUCGAAGAGAGCAUGACCAAGCUUGAAAGGCGGCUGUCGACGCUCGAGAACGCUUCGGGCCACAUGAACGUCGAAGUGAAGGCGGCGAAGAGUCAGUUGGACGAUUUGAAGACCGCCGUUGGGUUCUUGAAGCAGAACGGCACCGUGACCGAAUACGUCAGGACCAGAAGUGCCCCUACCGCCUCCCCCUACAGCCAUCAGCCCAUCGGCCCCCCCGGCAGCUAUCCCUACGGCAGGCCAGCUUAUGAGGAUAGCUAUGGCAGGCCGGCCAACCAGGGUGACCCCGGGACCCGGGGGGAGCCAGGUACCCCCGGCACUCCAGGGUCACGAGGGCAGCAGGGCAAUCCCGGAGCACCAGGGGGCCGCGGGGCACCAGGGGGCAGAGGGGCACCAGGCGCACCAGGCAGUCCAGGCUCCAGGGGGGAGAGAGGCAACUCCGGGACACCAGGGAACAGGGGAGCACCAGGGGGAAGAGGGGCACCUGGGGACAGAGGGGCACCAGGGGGCAGAGGGGCACCUGGGGGUCGAGGAGCGCCAGGCAGCCCGGGUGCUCCAGGGGACAGAGGGGCAGCAGGCAGCUCGGGGGAAGCAGGUGCCCCGGGGUAUGGCGGGUAUGCAGGCAACCCCGGGCCAGCAGGGGAGCCGGGGUACCCUGGUGGGGCGGGCUAUCCAGGAAACAGGGGCCGUCGGGGGUACGCUGGGAAUCCCGGGAAUGCUGGCAGCCCUGGGUACCCUGGCUCCGCUGGAUACACUGCCAGCCCGGGCUAUGCUGGGUACUCUGGUUAUGCUGGGUACCCUGGCUAUCCUGGGUAGCCUGGAUGAGUUUUCUUUCCCUGCGAUAUCCUUCCAUUAGGUGAUUGCCCAGAUGUUGAGCUAAGAAGGAACUACUGGAACACCGUAGCUACGUUUACAGUAUGAUUUUGUACAUAUGUAUUUAUGCGAUGAUAAUAACCUUUACUUAAGCAAGAGUUUUCUGAUAUAUAUAUAAAUGUUUUAAUAUAUUACAAGUUUGUGACAGUGCACCUCAAUAAUUUACAACUGUAAGGAAUUCUAUCUAUAUUUCUGUGUGGUGGGACUCAAGUAGAUCUAAAUGCAAUAAAAUGUACGAGAAAAGCCA